AUGACAGCCGCCAUGCAUAUGCUUGCAUAUGGUACGGCAAUUGACCUCAAUGAUGAUUACUUGAAGAUAGCAGAGACCACAUCCUUUGAAGCUUGCAAGAAAUUCUGUCAUGCAGUCAACAACUUAUACGGAGCUGAAUAUCUUCGUAAACCAACGAAGGAGAACCUACAAAAACUGCUCCAAAAAGCUGAGGAAUGGGGGUUUCCUUGCAGGCUAGGAAGCCUUGACUGCAUGCAUUGGGAGUGGAAAAACUGCCCAAUGUCACACCAUGGGGCAUACACGGGCCACCAUGGUCGUCCAACCAUAAUCCUUGAAGUAGUUGCUUCUUACGACACAUGGAUCUGGCACGCCAACUUCGGAAUGCCGGGAGUAUAUAAUGACCUCAAUGUACUAUACAAGUCACCCAUUUUUAAUGACGUCAUUCAAGGACGUGCUUCGCGAGUCCGAUAUUAUCUGAAUGGUAAACAAUACAAGCAAGGUUACUAUCUUGCAAAUGGAAUAUAUCCAAAGUGGAGCACAAUCGUCCAAUCAUUUUCGGAUCCUCAAGGACAACAACAUCAAUUAUUCUCUAGGAUGCAAGAGGCGUAUCGUAAGGAUGUGGAGAGAGCUUUUGGAAUUCUUCAAGCUCGUUUUGCAGUGGUCGCAAGGCCUGCUCGCCAAUGGUACCGAGAAGACAUUUGGGAGGUACUGAAGACUUGCAUAAUUCUUCACAAUGUGAUUAUUGAAGAUGAGCGUAACCAAGACGACAUAACUCCUGCUGAGGACACACCAUAUCAUGUGGAUGAGGCUCUGGUACCGCAUGAACGUGGAUCACGCAAUAUACAAUUAGAAUCUAUUAAUCAAAGCAUAAUAAAUGAUCCAACUGCCCACUACAACCUGCGAUAUGAUAUCAUUCCACACUUGUGGGAGCAAUAUGGAACCGAACUUUAA